GCAGCCGCACGGACCACGCUCCGCCUGUCCAGCUUGUCCAUCUCCAGCUUCGAAAACCGCGAGGCGAGCGCGGGAGCAGAGGCGGGCAGAGCAAACUCCUCGGAGCCGAUCUCUAAAGCCGAGUCUGCCGCCUCGAUCCUGGAAGUGGUGGGUGAAGAAGUGGACAACAAGGUCUUCAAUGACUUCCACAUGUCAGCCGCAUUCACCCGGCUGGCGAAGUUCAGCAAGCGACGUCAGCUUGGCCGGGCAGAUCGUGGCAGCUCCGUUUGGCCGAGGCUAGUCGCACGUUUGCACUCCAUGCUCAGGGUGAACAAGGUAGGUGUACGCGAGGCUGCCAACGUGUUCUGGGCACAUGGAGAACUAUACGACAAAGCGGAUGCUUGUAAUGCAGCUCUUGUGGUGGAGCUGAGCAAAUACGUGCAGCAAAAGGCGUCUGCUAUGAAAGCACAAGAGCUCUCAAACUGCUUGCUGUGUGUUGCGAAGCUUGAAGGUUCUGUGCCAAAAGUGUCAGUUGCUGCGCCGGACAUUGCGAAGUGUAUCGUAAGGAGAAUAGAAGACAUGGUUCCCCAACAUCUGUCGAACAGUCUCUGGGCGGCUGCGAGGUUGCAAGAUGCAGUGCCGGAGGUGCUCACGGCUGUUCCAGCCGUUGCGUCCAGUAUCCCUGACAAGGCAAAGGAAAUGGCUCCUCAAGAGCUGUCCAACAGCCUGUGGGCAGCUGCGAGGUUGCAAGAUGAAGUGCCGGGGGUGCGUAUGGCAGUUCCUGCCAUUGCAUCCAGUAUCCCUGACAAGGUAAAGGACAUGAUUCCUCAACAUCUGUCAAACAGUCUGUGGGUAAAGGACAUGAUUCCUCAACAUCUGUCAAACAGUCUGUGGGCGGCUGCGAGGUUGCAAGAUGCAGUGCCGGAGGUGCUUACCGCAGUUCCUGCCAUUGCGUCCAGUAUCCCUGACAAGGCAAAGGACAUGGCUCAACAAGAGCUGUCAAACAGCCUGUGGGCGGCUGCGAGGUUGCAAGAUGAAGUGCCGGAGGUGCGUAUGGCAGUUCCUGCAAUUGCAUCAAGAAUCCUUGACACGGUGAAGGAUAUGAAUCCCCAAGCGCUGUCUAAUUGUCUGUGGGCGGCUGCGAAGUUGCAAGAUGCAGCGCCCGGGGUUCUAGUUGCAAUUCACGUCCUGGCUGAGCAACUCAAUUUGAAAAUCAAGAUUUUGAACCUGCCAGAGUUGCAAAUGUCUGCUUGGGCAGCUUCAGAGCUCGGCAUGGAUGACUUAGAAAGACAACUCCAGAAAGAGUUG